AUGAGCAGUACGCGAGCAUUAGUUUUACAGACUUUCAAAAAGUUACACAAAACAAGAAUGAAAGUUUUUGCAGGAGACGAAAGAGCACUGGUAGCUGGAAGACUUAAAAUUAAUGAAGAGUUUCAAAAAAACAAACAUGUUACCAAUGAAGAAGCAAUAAAGGCUAUGAUCAAACUUGGUGAAGAUGUAGAGAAAGAGCUACGGACACAAGUUAUUCAAGCUCGUGAAGUCAAACCUGGAGUGUUUGAGGCAAGGAUCACCGAUGACACAGUAAAGUUAGAAAAUAUACCAUUUAAUGACAAUGCAGUAUUAGAAGAUGGGACAACUGUAAACAGGCCAUGUUGUCAAGAUAAAGCUCAAAAUAAAUAA